AUGGAGAAGUAUACCGUGAAACCGGAUAAUUUACCGUCGGUUUCGUCGGAUGCUGGUGGCAUUCAUCCGCGGUGUUCCUGUUUAGGUGCCGUCAUAUGGAAAUUAUAUCAGCUGUCCAGCGUAACCUCGUAUGUCGAUUUCGACCAAUUCUACUGGAGCGUCAAAAAACUGUGUGCAGACUUACAAAUUUACCGGCUGGGAUACGAUGUGGAUUGA